AUGGAAUCUGUGCAAUCAAAGCAAAAAUCGGAACUGGACAUGGAUUUGAAGCUGUCUUCUGUUACUUGCCAUUCCAAUGACAUUCUGGUCACAUUUCAGGGACUAUACGUUUCUGUCUCUGAUUUUGACUAUCAUAUAUUGCAAAAGGAGAUACAACUUGCCUCAAAACGCAAAGAGAACAUUGGCGUUGGAGAGUUCUGCUUGAUUCAAGAGAAGCCAUUUGGAACGUGGAACAGAGGAAGGGUUUUGGAAAGAACAGGUGGAUUGUUUGAGGUCCUCCUGAUAGAUCAAGGAAACAAGGUCAAAGUUAGCGGAGGACAUAUUGCUUCAGCUUGUGCUGACCUUUUUACAAUUCCACCAAAGGUGGUUAAUGGAAUAUUCUCAAACAUAUUACCGAUUGGAGAGAAGUGGACCCCUAAAGCAAUUAACUAUUUUUCAUCUUUGCAAGGCCUGCAAGUCAAAGGGCAUGUCCAGACAUCCUUAAAACAUCAUGUUAUCCUCCUAGAAACACCAAAAGUUAUUAGCCAUGCUGUUGAGCUUGGUUUAGCAAGGUACAUUGAUUCGGAUUCAUUUUGUUUUCUUGUUGACCUUUUAUAUAAACUCCCAACAAACUCCCAGCUGAAACAAAUGCCUAACCUACUACAACCAGAAAAACCCAAUACUGAUUUUUCCCUCCAUUUAAAUGAUAAUCAUCCAAGUUUCCAAAAGAUCCUCCGCCAUCUUAAACCUAACUUAGCUCUGGGCACGGCUGAAAAGGUGAAGAUCUCGGCGGCUCUCAGCCCCGAUAGAUUUUAUUGUCAAAUAUUCUCAUGGGAGGAAGAGCUGAUUAACCUGACCGCUUCUAUGACUUCGCACUAUGAAACCAUGAAGAUGGAGCAACGUUCUGUGUCGGACAAUUUUGGUGUGCUUUGUGCUGCUAAAAGAAGGGACGGCUUAUGGUACAGAGGAGUCAUCUACAAACUCAUCUCGGGUGAAGAAAUGAGAGUUUGGUUUAUGGAUGUUGGAAGUUAUGAAAUCGUAUCCUCCUCCUGUGUACAAAAACUCCAAUCUGAGUUUCUGUCUUUACCCAUGAUGGCGGUCCCAUGUUCGCUGGCAAACGUGAAUGGCCAGGAGGAAUGUAUCAGAAAUAUUCAAUUGAUGCUAAUUAAGCAGGGGCUUUUGGGGCAGACCGUUAUUGCUUCCGUUGACCAGGUAUGUGACAAAAAAUGCUUAUACUACAUAACAUUGUUUGAUCGAGAUCAUGAGCUCAGUGCGAAAUGCCUCCUAUCCAACAAGCUUGUUCCGACAUUCUCACCAAGCGCCUACCCAAACAUUUCUAACAAAACGACGUCUGAGAAAGAGAGUAAAAUCAGUGCAUCGUCUGAAAAUUGUGCCGCCGAAACAGAGAGAGAACCUGAAACCAUUUCUUACAAAACCAUUCAGAUGGAGGUAGAUUCGAUCCAUGUGGUUUAUGUUGAGUACGUGUUAAACCCUUCCAACUUCUGGAUACGAACAGACGAAUGUCAGUAUGAGUUUGCCGCAAUGAUGGAGGAGAUCACAAAACUGUAUAACGCGUGUGAGCCCACUGAAAGGAUUCUCGAAGACCCAAAGCCGGGCCAGCUCUGCUGUGCUCUUUAUGCCAAGGAUGGGCAAUACUAUAGAGCCGUUGUGACCGAGGUGAUGGAGUUACAGAUUGCCGUGUAUUUUCUAGACUUCGGAAAUACAGAGACCGUCGACAGCUGUGACGUUAAAACAUUACCUCCGCGGUUCAGUGUCCUUCCAGCCCUGGCCAUGUGCUGCACGCUAGCUUAUGCGUGUCCUGUCGAUGAUGUAUGGGUGAAGAGCGCCAAUGAUUUUUUUAAGCAAACUGUUUCAGGUAAAGCCCUCUUUUGUCAUGUGCUCGCAAAACAAAAAUACAAAUAUGUGGUCGAUAUACGUCAUUCGGAAAACUCUGAAAAUUCAAAUAUUGUAAUGCUUAUGGUGAAUGCCGGAUUUGCUGAGUAUUGGAAGGUAAAUCUUAAUGCCGAGAUGGCAAAUUCACAGCCAAGUUUGCCCAAACAAGAUGCAAAAUCCAAGAACGGGGGCAAACAAAGCUCCGUUUACAUCGAAAAGCAUGGAUCAAAGAAAAAGGCAGACGUGGCAAACAGUGUGGCACCGUUAAGCCUACAAGAUUUUCUCAAGGACGAUUCCCUGUUUUCUUCACGGUGUUAUGAUUCCGCAGACGCUGUAUGUCCUAUCAGUUACAAGCAGUAUGUGUUCAAGCCUGGAACGAUGAUGGAGGUGGCAUGUUCUCAGGUGAACUCCCCAGGAGAUUUCUGGUGCCACCAGCAGGAUAAAACACCCCAGCUUAAUGAAUUAAUGGAAAGUAUUCAGGCUUACUAUACUAAUUGCAAAAGCUUAUACCGGCAUGGACAGAUUGCAUGUGUUGCUAGAAAUCCAACCAACGGUAGAUAUUAUAGAGCAUCUGUCGCAAAGCACGUUUCUGGGGCGGAAGUAGAAGUGCUUUUUGUUGACUUUGGUAAUCUGGAAAGAGUUUCCGUUUCUGAACUCAGAGAAAUUAAAUCACAGUUCCUUCAACUCGAAGGGCAGGCGUUUCGUUGCAGUUUGAGUAACAUUGCUCCGGUAAGCUCUAACGACACCUGGACUUCCAAUGCCUGUAUGGAUUUUAAAAGAUUUAUCGCCAAGGGGAGCAUAAAAUGUACAAUAUACGCACUCUUCAGCAGUGGUUCUACCGGCCUCUGUAAUGGAGUACAUUUGGAAACGUCUUGUAAUGAUGUGUCCCAAUUUCUAGUGAGCAAAGGGCAUGCCGUCUUUUCACCUUUAAGAAUUCGAUCCUUCAAUCUACAUGCAUUCUGUUACUCAGAUUUUGAUGUAAAAGUUGGACAUGAGGUAAAAAUUUAUGUUACGCACGUUUACAGUACUGGGAGAUUUUAUUGCCAGCUUGCUAAAAAUACACAAACAAUUGAGUCAUUAGCGAAAAAGGUUACUGAAAUUGGGGAGCACGUAAAUAAAAAAGAUGUUACAAGAAGAAAGAAGUUGUGUGUAGUAAAGUACUUUGAAGAUGGCAAUUUCUACAGAGCUUUGAUGUGCCCGCUAGAAUCUUCAUCUCUCUUUCUGGCUUUUUUUGUAGACUUUGGAGACAGUCAAAUGGUAUCAGAAAAUGAGAUGUUGCCUAUUCCAGACGAGGCCACAGAUGUUUUAUUUGAGCCAAUGCAGGCAAUUCAGUGUUACCUAUUUGGCUUAAAAGAUUACUCUUUCACAAACAGUGUUAAGAAGUGGUUUGAAGAUGUCUGCAUCGGUAAAAUGGUAAGGGCUCUUGUUCGAGCCAAGACCCCUGAUGGUGAGCUGGGACUGGACCUAUAUGGAGAAAACAUCCUAAUUAAUGCAAAAAUCAAAGAACUUGUUGGCAUGACGUCUCCUUCAGAGCGCACUGAACCGUCAAAGAAACCCAAUUGUGAAAAACCAACGUGUGGUAAGACCAGCAUUGCAUGUAAUAACCCCAGUGAGAAAAGGUCUCCAAAUAGAACUAAGGCUUGUGAAAUGGCUAGGACCCCAGAAUCACAAGGCCAAUUAACGUCUCAAAAAGGAUACGAUCAGCCACUCAAGUUUGUGAAACAAGAUUCCAAUGGCGGUGGUUUUAAACACUCAAAUCAGAGCUCUUUUUCUAGUGACGCUCCAAGGAAAUCAACACCAAAAACCCAUGGACUAGCUGUCGGUACAGUUAGCGGUACGAGACCAGGGCUGACGGAACAGCCAAGUCUAAAAACCAGUGAUCUCCCUCAAGUGUGCAUUAAACCGGGUACAAGCCACGUAGGGUACGUUUCUCACAUAAACAGUCCGUUUGAUUUUUAUAUACAGCUUGGUGAAAAUGAACAAAAGAUCUUGAUGCUUGCCGAAGCUCUAAAUAACGAUUCUGUGUGCCUUGAAACAUUUGAUGGGAGCAACAUAAAAGUCGGUGAGUUAGUUGUAGCCCAGUAUCCCGACGAUAUGGCACUGUAUCGAGCAAAAGUUACAAAAGUUGAUGAAGACAAUUGUUUUGAGGUGGAAUUCAUUGACUAUGGUAAUACAGCCAUUGUUGAUUCAUCGAGGGUUUUCAUGCUUCCAAAGGAAUUUUUAAAAAUACCUCAAUUAAGUAUCCAGUCGUUCCUUGGUGGCGUUCAUGAAUUAGAGUGUAAUGGUAAAUGGAAAGAAGAUGUGGUUGCAGGUUUCUCGGAGCUCGUGACCGUCGAACCCCUCAAUUGUUUAUUCAUAAGCAUUAGGGACUCCAAGUGGGACACAAGCUUAACUUGUAAAGGGCAAUCUGUAGCUGAAGAACUGCUAAGACGCUUUAAGACUACGAGCUUUCAACAGGCGUGUUUUACAACAAAGGAAAAUGGUUUAAAUUCUAGCACCGAUCAAAAUCAAAACGUUAUCGACACGCCAUACAAAGAGAUUGAAUAGAACAAUUGGCAGGUACCUGACCAGAACAUUCAUCCUGGCCAACUCGAAAGAGUGAAACAUAUUUACACCCCAGACGACGGCAAGUUUUUCGUUAUACUGGAGAAAUAUUCUCAAGAGUCUAAUUUAACUUUACAGAUCGAGCCGAUUGUCAGAAAAGUAGACAACCGGCUUGCACCGAGAAAUAUUACCGAAGGGAUGGUGUGUUUGGCAAAAUCCAGUGCUAUGCAAACGUGGUUACGCGCCUCAGUCGAAAAAGUCUUUCCAAAAGAAACGAAGAUGCUGGUUUUCUUUAUCGAUCGUGGCGCCAGUGAAACGAUAAGCAUGCACAAUGCAAAAGUACUAACAGGAGAUAUACUGUCGAUACCCAGGCAGGCAAUUGCUUGCCGAUGGGUGUGGGCUGAGAAAACAAGCGAAAUGUCACUGAAGAGCGUGUUACCAUUUUUCCAGAAAAGGGUACUGGUUCUUUUUCUUGACUUCUUAACUGCGGAAGACGCCUGGAAAGUGGAGGUUUUAAUCGACAGUUUGUUGUUAAUGGAGUAUAUCGCUGACCAAGCCAAUAAGACUUCCAGUGGGUUAAAUUCUUUGGAACCUCACGGUAGUUCAGGAACGGGUACUACAUGCCCACAAAUGAUUCCUGUAGCCCCGCUGCAGCGUAUAACGCUUUACUCCUGUUUUGUCAUUGGAGCUUAUAAUCCAUCCGAUUUCUAUCUUCAGUUAGAAGAAGACUCCGUGGAUAUAGUGAUCAAGUUGUGGCAAGCGAUGCGUAAACUGUCGGAUAAUAUCUCUUCGUUGCCACAUGAUGCGUUGAGGGUCGGCACUGCCUGCCUUUUCAGGUGCUUCAAGGAGAGCGAAUGGUGCAGAUCAAAAAUUGUGAAAAUUACAGGCGACUCCAUCUUGCUAAACCUUUUUGAUUACGGCGUAGCCAAGCGCAUUUCCUACGCCGAUAGCGUUAGACUGAAAGUUAUUCCUGAAGAGCUUGCGCGUGUCCCGUCGUUGGCCUACCGUUGCACGUUACACGGCGUAAGUCCCAGCGAUGGAACUUGCUGGUCUACAAAAGCAAAUGAGUUGUUCACAACUUUCGUGGAAAAGCGUAACCUGAUGGUUCAGGUCAUUAAAACCAAUCCAACGACCCAGCUGGAAGUGUGCCUGUAUGGGGAGGGCGAAGGCAGCCUUGCUCAUAAAUUGGUUUCAAGGGGACAUGGGCGAUUCACUGAAAGGGAAAACAUUGAAACAUGUCCCAAAGACAGUUCUACAGCGUCUAGUUUGUACGUGGAAGGGACAAAGUAUUUACUACACGGAGAAAACCAAGAGGCCGGACGUAUCCGACACUUGCGAGAAAACCUCGGCGAGUCAGACGUACAGAAUGAGUCGUGCUUCUUUCCAGAGGACCGGAGGUUCGCUCGAUACGGUACAGUUGAUGAGCAAAGGCUGCAGAAAUAA